AUGCCGAACCCCUGCUCCUUCGACGACCUGAAGCAGCGUCCCGGCCCGCCCCUCAACUCCUGGGGUCUGUGGGGCGAGGAGAACGAGCUCGGCCAGCUGAACAACAUCACCCCCGAGUCGAUCAUGCGCGGUAACGCUGCCGUCAAGCGCGGUAUCCGUGUCGGCCUCAACCUGCCCAUCAACACGUUCCCGCACAUCAACGAGCACCGCGCCGGCCUCACCCACAAGGUCUGCGACAACGGGUACUAUCUCGACGACGAGAUCCACCUCAACACGCAGUGCGCGACGCAGUGGGACGGAUUCGUCCAUGUGCCCUACCAGAACUACCCCGAGAAGGGCAAGUACGCCUACCACGGCGGUCUCACGCAUGAGCAGGCGGCCGACCCCAAGGUCACCAAGUACAAGGUGCAGAACUUUGCGACGCACCCGAUCACCUCGCGUGCACACCUCCUCGACGUGGUGGAGUACCGCAAGUCGCAGGGCAAGGAGGCUCCGCAGUGCAUGAAGCGCACCGGCAUCGAGUUGGAGGAGCUGCAGGCGAUCGCAAAGUGGAAGAACAUCGAGUUUGCCUCUGGUGACAUCAUCCUCGUCCGUACCGGUUUCACGGAGGAGUUCGAGGGCUGCGGCGACGAGGGCCGCAAGGGCUUCGACCCCAUGCAGGGUGCGGUGGGUAUCGAGGCCAGCGAGGAGUUCAUGCGCUGGGUGUGGGACAACGAGUUCCCCGCCGUCGCGACCGACACCUUUGCGUUCGAGGCCUGGCCGCCCACGUUCAAGACGCCUGCUAUCCACGAGGUCUUCCUUGCCGGGUGGGGACUGCCGCUGGGCGAGCUGUUCGACCUCCGCGAGCUGGCGAGGAAGUGCAAGGAGUUUGACCAGUACACCUUCCUCUUCACCUCGUGUGGUCUGAACAUUGUCGGCGGCAUUGCGACGCCGCCGAACGCGCAGGCCAUCCUCUAA